GUACUAUGAACUAAUUCCCCGAAUGUGAAGUAUGCGGCGUCGAUAGCCGUUGGUGAUUCAGGAUCUGACGUGGCGCCGCCUGAUUUGUGGACACGCUCUCUGCCGAUGCAUUUUCCUGCGUCAGGUGCUGAGCGCGUAGAGCAGGCGGCACAAGAGACAUUUAAUGCGCUCCUUGCCCUUGCUUUUUUUUCGAUUGUCUUCCUUCUUCUCUCUCAUUCUUAUAUGGACUCUUGAGUGAGAUAUCGGUGUUGUUUAUUCUUCGUUCGCCGGGAUGACUUUGCGGAAGUCGGCUCUAUAUCUCUAUCGCGUCGAGAGCGAUCAGUCGAGGGGUCAAAAGGUUAGGAGUGGCGGUAUUGAGUCUGAGGGACGCCACUGGGUCGCAUUUCGACCUCAAAGCAGGAGACAAAGGGUGGAGUUGAGGGAUGAACUGUGGGCGCACCUGGAUUGGAGGAACCGAGAGCCGACAGCAUUCGUUUCGGCUUCGCAGGACCGAGACUGGGCGAUCAACCAAGCCGAGAGACGUGCGCGUGACGGAGAGACGAAUGUCAGGGUGUACGUGAUUGAGGUGCCCCGUCUGGGAGUGUAUAAAUCCCGAUCCGAGUGCUGGGUGACCGUUAUGAAAUUGGAUGCAUGGCUCGAGGUGGCCAACUCCAAACUUCCUGAUUAUGCUGACUUCCCGUCCUCGGCAAAUGAAUAUCUGUUCCUUCAUGAUAUCCCAGAGGACUUUAUUGUUGACACUUGGUCGUUUUGAUGUUCUGGUGGUUGGAGAUGAGGUGGAGGAAUGGUGCCUCGGCGGAAUGCAGUCCGUUUGUUGAUGUCAGUA